CCACCUCCUUUUGCGCCGGGUCCGAGCUGCGGGCCGCGCUUCUGGCGCUCCACGCUGCGGCCGUUCGAAGCAAUGAUUAACCCGGCGGGCCAGCCGGCGCGGGGCCCGGGGCGGAGGCGCGGGGCCGGGGCGGGACCCCGGAGGGCCGCUCGGCUUCCUGCUCUCGCCCAAGUUUCCUCGUAGAGGGCUCAGUGCCGGCCGGGGCCCGCGGCGCGGCGUGGCGCAGGGCGCGGCGGCGGGCGCGCGUGGGCGCGGAGCGGGCCGCCGGGGUCACCAUGAGGACUCUCCGCAGGUUGAAGUUCAUGAGUUCGCCCAGCCUCAGUGACCUGGGCAAGAGAGAGCCGGCUACUGCCGGCGCGGACGAGCGGGGCACGCAGCAGCGCCGGGCCUGCGCCAACGCCACCUGGAACAGCAUCCACAACGGGGUCAUCGCCGUCUUCCAGCGCAAGGGGCUGCCUGACCAGGAACUCUUCAGCCUCAACGAAGGCGUCCGGCAACUCCUGAAGACAGAGCUGGGGUCGUUCUUCACCGAGUACCUGCAGAACCAGCUGCUGACGAAAGGCAUGGUGAUCCUGCGGGACAAGAUCCGCUUCUAUGAGGGACAGAAACUGCUGGACUCGCUGGCAGAGACGUGGGACUUCUUCUUCAGUGACGUGCUGCCCACGCUGCAGGCCAUCUUCUACCCAGUGCAGGGCAAGGAGCCGUCCGUGCGCCAGCUCGCCCUGCUGCACUUCCGGAACGCCAUCACCCUGAGCGUGAAGCUGGAGGAUGCGCUGGCCCGCACCCAUGCCCGUGUGCCCCCCGCCAUCGUGCAGAUGCUGCUGGUGCUGCAGGGAGUGCAUGAGUCCCGGGGCGUGACCAAGGACUACUUGCGCCUAGAGACGCUGAUCCAGAAGGUGGUGUCGCCCUACCUGGGCACCUACGGCCUCUACUCCAGCAAGGGCCCGUUCACACAUUCCUGCAUUCUUGAGAAGCACUUCCUGCGCCGCUCCCGCUCAGGGGAUGUGCUGGCCAAGAACCCAGUGGUGCGCUCCAAGAGCUACAACACCCCGUUGCUGAACCCCGUGGCAGAGCAUGAGGCUGAGGGAGCAGCAGCUGGCGGCCCCGGCAUCCGCAGACACUCCGUCUCAGAGAUGACGUCCUGCCCGGAACCCCAGGGCUUCUCUGACACACCUGGCCAGGCUCCCCCUGGGGCCUUAAGAUCCUCUGUGGGUCUCCAGUCGGGGCCCUGCCCCAGCAGACUGUACCCCCCUGCCCAGCCCCCCGAGCCUGGCCCAGGCGCGGCCCACCCCUCCCCGCCCUCCUCCAGUCCAGAGAACCUGGUGGACCAGAUCUUGGAGUCCGUGGACUCGGAUUCAGAAGGGAUCUUCAUUGACUUUGGCCGGGGCCGGGGCUCGGGCUCAUCGGAGUUUGAGGGGGCCGGGGGUCGGCAGAGCAUCGUGUGAGGGCCUCGAGUUUCUGCUGACCCCGUGUGUGUGCCUGGGGGUUAUGUGUGUGCAAGAGUUUUUUUUACUCUGUCCCGGCCAGUCGGCUGUGGGUCCCAGCCACUGUGCCAUUCCGGAGUCAUCGUUGGAGAAAGCGUCACCCCCCGGGCCCCCGGCCCUGCUCCGUUUGGGGCGUGUGUUGGCCGCUCCAGUGACCUCACUGGGUCAUCAGGAGCACCGGUCCGCCCUGUGUGCACGGAGCAGACCUGGCCGCCACCCCCAACCUGCCCCAGCCUGCCAGCGUCCACACCCACAGAGACAACACUGUGGCCCAGCCAGGUUUCCAGAAUAAUUCCCAGAGCAAGGGGGGUCGGUAGCAGACCCGCCUUCCCCCUUCCCACUCACCUGAGCCCUGUGAGGCCACAGCAUGA